AUGGCCGUGUCCGAUGAUCAUGGGUCAAUCGACGCCUUUUGCUCCAGGGGCAAGGUCGGGGCGCAAAAAGAAAAAACGUCGCUCGAGGCUUUCCGACCUAAUAAUAAACUCAAUAUCAUCUCUGGGCUGUCCGUGCUCACAAAGUGGUUGGACCGGCCGUCUUGGUAUCAACUCCGAACUCCUUCUUGGUGCGCUCCCGAGCCAGUGAGGAAUAAGCGACGUGUUACAGCUCAUGCCGUCCCUGUAUCGGCACAACCCCCGUUGGCGAUUUGA